GGGAUCGCGGAUUUAAGCUAGCGUGGGAAGCUUGUUCCAUGAACAGCGAGACAGUGUACCGCUCUGAGCCGCUUCCUUGCUACCUGCUAGGUACCGUAGGCAUUAAUAUUUUUAGUUUCUGCCUUAAUACCUAAUUUGACACGACGUGCGACGACGACAAUCUACAAAGAAUACGAGGCUCUUCUAUUAUCCUUCAACCGCCGAAUCGUAACUUAUCAAUAUGGCGGAGCUCGCGAUUCCACCACCUCCCCCUCCCCCUCAAUGGGUUGUAGAUCUUAAUACUCCACCAUUAUCGAAGCCAAAAUCAGCAGGUAUUCCAGAUCCUCCAGGAUACACAGCUUCCUCCUCUUCAAGCCGAAAACAAACCACCAAAACCCCACGACAACCUCCGACUCCCGCUGAAAUGGAUACACUGAAGCUUAAGAAAGCAUGGGAAGUGGCUUUGGCCCCUGUCAAACAACUUCCAAUGACGGCGAUUAUGAUGUACAUGUCAGGAAACUCUCUUCAAAUAUUUUCCAUCAUGAUGGUGGUUAUGGCGUUCAAAAAUCCCCUGAUGGGGCUCAUGGCUACAAAUCAAGCAUUUGAACGUUUUGAGAGUGAAGGAACAAGAGGAAAAUUGGGUGUAGUUAAAUUGGCAUAUGUUGCAUGUCAAGUGAUAGCUUUGGCGCUAGGAAUAUGGAAAGUUAAUGGAAUGGGAUUAUUACCUACUACAAGGUCGGAUUGGUUAGCUUGGGAGACAGCAAGGGAUCCUCUAGAACGAGCUAUUCCAGCUUUCUGAGGUAUUUGGCUUGCGACGAAUGUACGUUAUGGCGUUAGGAUACCAUGGAACUAUGAACAAAUAAAGCAUGUCAGGGCAUAUAUGUUACGCUGAUGUAACAGAAGUCUCGUGAGCGAUUGUUCAAACGAGAUAGUACAGAUUUCAAACAAAACACACCACAGAGACUAUCAGCGACAUAUAUGCGCAGUGUUGGAGAGUGAUGAAUGAUGUUACUUUAUCUGGAAUAUUGAAAUAUGCACUCAUUCGAGGUACGCCGCAGCACAAACCUCCCAUGCUAAUGCAUCCUGAUCCCACCCCGAAUUCGAUGUCAGAUGAUAGUCUUAAAACUCUAGAGAGACAAAAUCGCAUUCAUGCCAUAGAUCUAUCUGCAAGUGCAGACACAGAUUUCCUUCGACACACCGCACUGACUGCCCUUAAAUCUUAUCUCCAUCCUUCGAUCAACUAAAUGCGACUCCAUACUGUGCCUGCCCCUAUAUUCUUUGAGAAUAUACUUUGAGAUUUCGAAUGCCUUCGAUCUUGCAUUAAAUCUCCCCUAAAACAAUCUCGCAAAAUACCUGUCGACCAGCACUAUCCUUAGAUAUUAUUUACUUUCUUGGUAGAUCUUACUGUCGGAGUUUCCUUUAACUGCGAUUCCAACG